UCCUCCCCUUUUUCCUCCUGCUGUUUCUGGAGGGGCAAAAAAAUCACUGGCCAUCUGCUACCUGGCCACGGUGUUGGUCAUCCUUCUCCAUCCAGCCCUGGGUCAUCCUUUUGAAGUCAGUGAAGCACCCUGAGGUGAUUUUGGGGCCAUGAGCACACCAUCCAGAGUUUUCUGGUUCUGCCUGGCUUUCUUCCUGUUUUUGGUCUGCUUUGGGGCCUGCCUGCUGGUCUACAUCAAACCUACCCAGCUUUGGUUUUACUUCAAACUAAAUCAGGGAGAUUCUACAUCAGAACCUGCCACGUUCUUCGGUCAGGAUGAAUCCUACAACAACAACUUCAUCCAAAGCAAUACCACCCUCAUUCUGGUUUGGCUAUGCCCCUUUGGGUGCAGAAUGAACCCGUUGAACUGUCUGAACAUGAACAUCUCCAGCUGUCACAUCACCAUGAAUCGGAGCAUGUAUAAUCAGUCCCACGGGGUCGUCUUUCACCACCGAGACCUCAUGUGGGAUCUCAGCAACCUCCCUCAGCAGCCCAGGCCUCCGUUUCAGAAGUGGGUCUGGAUGAACAUGGAGUCUCCCGCCCACUCAGUCCCCAAGCAUGGGUUAAACCGCCUCUUCAACCUGACCCUCACUUACCGCCGGGAUGCAGAUAUUCACAUACCUUACGGCUUCCUCACUUUUAACCCAAAUGCCUCUCGGGCCGAAGUGCCCCCCAAAACCAAAUUCGUAUGUUGGGUAGUCAGCAACCGGUAUCCUCAGGAGAGAAUUCGCUAUUACAAGGCAUUAAAGAAAUACAUUCGAAUUCAUACUUAUGGGAAAGUGUUUGGAAGACCUCUGAGCUGGGAAGACUUCAUGCCCACCCUUUCGUCUUGCAAGUUUUAUCUGGCCUUUGAAAAUUCCAUCUUUAAAGAUUAUAUUACCGAGAAACUUUACUUUGCGUUUCUGGCCGGAUCUGUGCCCGUGGUUCUGGGUCCUCCCAGAGAAAACUACGAGGAUUACAUCCCGGCUGAGUCUUUCAUUCACGUGGACGAUUUUGAGUCCCCUAAGAAUCUCUCUGAGUAUCUUUUGAUGCUCGACCAAAAUGAUGCGCUGUACCUAAGUUACUUUGAGUGGAAGAAGGAUUUUUCGGUCUACCGUCCUAAUUUCUGGAACUCCCACUUAUGUCUAGCUUGCGACCAUAUAAAGAGACACUCGGAAUACAUGUCUGUUGGAAAUCUAGAAAAAUGGUUUUGGAAUAAAAACUUUAGUGAUUUUUUUCCUGCACGUUAAAAAAAAAAAAAAAGCUGACAAAGUCAUCAACCCCCAAACUGAGCAGGUAUAUAAAGAAAUAAGAAUUCUGAGCACAGCAUAAUAUUUACAAUCUUUUCUUUCUUCUUAAUAUGGAAAAUUAUAUUCCUUAAGGCUUGGACGUGUUAAUCCACAUAGUAGGUGGGUAACAUUAUCUUAGAUGUUAUCUUUUUUUAAAAAACAAAACAAAAUGUUAUUAAUUUCUGCAUUCUUUGCUUGAAGAGACGACCACCAGCUUUCGACUUGGGCUUUCAAACUUAUUUUGUUGU